AUGGCACCAGCAAAGACCCCGUCAAAUGACCAGCAGGAGUUACCGGAGCUGGUAGAGCAUACGCCUCCUACGGAGUCCACUUCUGUUUCCGAAGAUAAUAAAUCCGAGCAGCAGACAACGACUGUCGCCGGGUCCUCUGCUCAGCCCAACAAGAAAGCCGCACUAACCCGUAUGUGGCGAGGAAAUUCAGCACCACGCCAUCUAUGGCUAGAAAAAUCAAAAUCAGAGCCUGUUACUUCUGCGGAACGAUCCGACGCUCCGCCAAAGGGGGUCCCGGCGAACCCAAGAUUUCCAGACCGGUGCCCUAGAUGCGGUGGGGACUUCCUGGGCCAAUGCUUCGCGUGCGGUUCGGGCACACAUUUUGGUUUCUGA